UUUCCCAAGCACAAAGCCAUGUUGACUAUCUCUAACCAGGCCUUGCCUUUCCAAAUGUAAAUUCUGUCCCUGAGAAACCCCUCCAAUGACUUGCACCACUGAUGUCAGGCUCACCAGUCUAUAGUGCUCUGGCUUUUCCUUAUUACCUUUCUUAAAUAAUGUAUCAUGUUACCUUGAAUUUGUUCUUUGAACUUGAAUACAGCACACCAAAUGCAGCAAAAUUUAAAAAAGCUAUGAAAUUACAUGAAAGUUCAUUUUAAGAUGGUAGAUGUUUCAUGUACAAUAACCAAUUGAGGAGAUCAGUCAUGCCUAUAACAAAAAAAAGUUAAAUAUUUUACCUUUCUAACAACGUAAUUUCUUUUGAUUUAAUAUCAGAAAGACUGAAGCUAUGUCUUUGGCCUCAACCAGUAACAGAAUACAAUAGGAAAUCAAAUGGUGUCUUUUGAUUUUCAAAAAGCUUUUAUUGAUGCACAUGCAAGAUUAUUGCACAAGAUAAGGGCUCACUGGGGAGAGCAAAAUGGAAUAGAAUGAACUUAAAUGACAGAAAACAAAGAAUAGGAAUAAGUAGAUCAUUUUGGUGUUGGCCAUCUUUAACUAGUGGAGUGCCAGAAGGAUCAGUGCAGGACCUCAAUUAUUGCUAUAUAUAAAACAAUGACUUGCAUGAAAGGACCAAAUCUAAUGUAUCAGAAUUGCUAAUGAUACUGCACUAUAUGAGAAAGCAAGCUAUGAGGCUGCCAUAUGAAUGUGCAAAGGAAUAUGAAUAGGUUAGGUGAAUGGGCGGAAAGGUAAAAGAUGGAUUAUAAUGUAUAGAAAUGUGAGUUUAUUCAUUUUGGUAAGAAAAAUACAAUCGUUAUUUUUUUUUAAAUGUGAAAAAAACUUUUAAAUGUUGAUGUUCAAAGAGAUUUGUUUUCUAUGUCCAAGAAAAAUAGAAAGUUUAUGUGCAGUUGCAGGAACUAGCUGAGAAGUUAAACUCUAUCAUAAGGGCAUUGCAUAUUUUGUUUAAGAAAAUCUUGAUUGAAUUACACAGAGCUUUUUUGAGACUGCAUUGCAUAUUGUUGGGAAUAACUUUGGUCAUUCCACACCUUUGGAGGAAUAUACUUGCUUGAGAAGGUUUGUAGCAAUGGUUCACUGGUUUGUUAUCUGACUGGGAGGACUGUCCUAGGAGGAGCUAUUGAGUAGAGUGUGUCUACACUCUUGGGUAUAUAGAAGAUUGAGGUGAUAUUAUUCAUAUAUGAUUGUGGAGAGGACUUGACAAGGUAGAUACAUGUUAAUAAGUUGCUUUACCUAGGUGGAAAUUCCAGAACCAUGAGGUAAAAAGAAUUUCACUGCAAAGGAUAUUUAGAAUUCUCUGAACCAGACAGCAGUAGAUGUUCAUUCAUCAGAUUGACAGGUCUUUGUACUCUAAGAUAAUCAAGUUAUAUAGGAAUAAAACCAAAGUACUCUGAAUACUAGAGAUCUAAAAGGAAGUAGGAACUGGCAAAGAGGAUUUGUAGUUGAGGGUCAGCUAUGAUCUUAUUAAAUGGAAGACACGUUCCUGUUCCAUUUAAUGUACAGAGAUAAAAGGUAAUUGAACUGAAACUUGACUGUUUCUCGCUCCGGCAUUUCCUGUUUUUUAUUUAGUAAUUCCAAUAUCUGCAAUAUUUUGCUUUUGUAUCCUUCCUGUGUUUUUAAGAACCUCUGUUGUCUGCAGACCUAUAUAAAUAUUCUUUUUAUCAACUCCACCACUUAAUAUGUCCUUCCAGCUGACCUUUGAUGUAGCAAUGAUGUGUCAUAUUUCAGCUGAGGCAUGAAACGAGGGUCCUGUCUGCUUGUUGAAGUGGAUGUAAAAGAUUCUGUAGCCAAAUAUUAUCCCUCAACGGUCAGCACCAAAUAACAAUUAUUUGUGGAACCUUGCGCUCUAUAAUUUGCCUCAUUACCAUGAUUACACGUCAAAUCUUACCAUUAUUUAUGAAAAUGUCUUGAGAGGUGAAAGGCUCACUUACCUCCUUUAUUACUAAGUAUUGUGAUUUAUCUUUUUAAAAAUGUUCUUCCUGACUCUGUUCUCUUAAACAAUUGGACUAUUGGACUAGCUUUAUACUCUUUUAAAAACUUGGCAUGUUUUCUUUGUGCACGGUGGCCAGUACUGAAUGCAGUACUCAAUGUAAUCUGACCGACAAAAAUUCUAUCCUAAUACUGCAAAAUUAUAAUCUGAUGCUCAGGAUUCCUGUUGUCUCUAGGUACAUGCUGAGUUUUUUUUUAUUCAAAUGAAGUUUAGAUAACUAAUUAUUUAUCUUUAAAACAGUUUGAUUUUUAUUUUGUAAGUUGGUCGACUGUUUAAAAAUCCCAUUGCAUCAUAAUUUGUAAAACAAUCCGAACAAUAAUAUAUUACUCUUUUUGGUUUUGAAUACACCGUUGAUAGACUUUCACAGAUAAUACAUGUAACUCGUGCAGGAACAGUCAGAACGGGUUGACUGCCUUUUAAAGGUAAGAUACGAGAGGAGCAGAAUGUGUUGGUUGUUGCCUUUUACAGUCGGAGAUUGGCUGAUGGAAACGGAACAAGAAGUGACGAUACAAAAAAUGACAAGGAAACGAGAUUAAAGAAACAAGCGAGCAGGCUCUGAAACUUCAUUCGAAUGUGCAAGGGAGCCGAGUAAGCAUUUAGAGAUUGAUUGUAAGCACUGUGUGCAACAAGAUCCUGCUGUUAAAUUACACAGGACACAGCAAUGUUAGUAAAUCAACUGAAACGGAUGCUUUGUCUGAUGUAGGCCCACGUGCAGAUUCGAAUAAAUAUAAAUAAAAGCUGAAACUGCCCGCCAAAAGAAAACAGUUGCACAGACGGGCAUUCAUUCAGUCCUCAUCCGCUGAUACGAUGUCCUCUGAAGAAAUCAUAGCUAUCAUAAUCGACGGUAAGACGUACAAUGUCAGCAAGAGUAAGUUAAUUGAGGAAAGCGAUUAUUUCAAAGCCCUCUAUAACUCUGGAAUGAAGGAAUCCGAAGAGGGCUCGGUGCAGCUGCAGGGCUUGAGUGCUCAUGGUCUGGAGUUAGUCAUUGAAUUCAUCAAUACUUCCAAAGUACAUUUUGACAACGAGACCUUGGAAGAUUUAGUGGAAACAGCGUCUUUUCUCCAGGUGUCUUCCAUCUUGAAGCUGCUCCUCUCUGAGGUUAAGGUGGAUAACUGCGUGGAGUUAUAUAAACUUUCUGAAAUUUAUGGAAUCACUGAUCUGAGAAAUGCCUGUCUCAGGUUCAUGGUAUGUCACUACCACCCAAUGCUGAGGAGGCAGGAAUUUAGGCAUCUGCCCAACACUUUGCGUCAACAAGUCAGGGAGAUGCGCCUUAAAGGCACAGCUGUCUUGGUGGCAGUGGGGGAUUUCUUUAGCACCUCCUUGGACCAGUCUCUUGAUGAGGCCUGGUCAAUGCUGAGAUAUGAUGAGGUUGGACAGAGAUGGCUACCCCUGGCGAACAGCCUCCCUCCGGACAUGGUGAAUGUGAGAGGCUACGGUUCUGUAGUCCUGAACAAUUACCUUUUCAUCAUUGGCGGAUAUAGAAUGACUAGUCAAGAGAUCUCGGCUGCACAUUGCUACAAUCCUUGCAAAAAUGAGUGGAAUCAGAUUGCACCAAUGAAUCAAAAAAGAUCAAAUUUUAAACUUGUAGCUGUCAGUGAGAAAUUGUAUGCAGUCGGUGGUCAGUCCCUUUGCAAUGUUGAAUGUUACAAUCCAGAGAUGGAUUGGUGGAGUUUUGUAGCCUCAAUGCCAGAUCCUCUUGUGGAGUUCUCAGCCUGUGAGUGCAAAGGGAUGAUCUAUGUAAUGGGUGGAUACACAACACGAGAUAGAAAUAUGAACAUUUUACGGUACUGCCCUACCUCAGAUGCUUGGACUGUCCUAGAAUCCUGUGAACUUCAUAUUCGUAAACAACAAAUGGUGUCUGUGGAAGAUACAAUUUACCUUGUUGGUGGCUGCAUCCAUGAGAAAGGUGGAAGUAGGAAGGGAAGUCAUACUGAAGAUAUGCUUACAAUUCAGUCCUACAAUGUGAACACUAGGGAAUGGCUCCACCUCAAGGAAAACACAUCGAAAUCUGGAUUAAAUUUGACUUGUACAUUGCACAAUGAUGGGAUCUACAUUAUAAGUAGAGAUAUUGCACCAACAACCAGCCUUGAACAUCGUGUAUUCCUCAAGUACAAUCUAUUUUCAGAUAUGUGGGAAGCAUUCCGACGUUUUCCAGCAUUUGGACAAAAUACUUUACUUUGCUCAUUGUAUUUCCCUAACAUAAUUUAACAGUAAUUGUUUUGUGAUGAAAUGGAGUUGGUGUAAAUGCAGCAAGAUCCUAAAAUGAAGAGGAAUGGUAGAUGUGGGCCAAUUUAAUGGAAGCAAACUGCUCCACCUUAAACGACUCAGAGUUGAUCAUUAUUCCUAGGCAAUUAGUUGUGAACUGAAUCUUCACAGUAAUAAUACAACAGCAGGUAUCUCCUACUUAACUUCAAAAUUGUAAUUGGGGAACACAAGCUAAAACAAAUAAAUUCCUUCUGAUUAAUAAUACAACUGAAUUACUUUUCUUAAAUGUUAAAGAACAAAGACAAGAUUUUAAAAACACAGUUAUAUGGCAGUGAUUGGUGUCAAUCACUUGAGAAGGGGCCUUGUUAUUAAAUGACUGUUGAUGGCAAAGUUACAUUCCAGUGAAGUAUGAUGUUGAGCCUAGAAGUGACUCAUAAUGCAUGAUGUGUCUUCAGUGCAGAAUACUUAUAACCUAAUAAAAGCUUAAUUUUACUCCACUAAAGAAUCUUUCAUUGCUCCAAACAAUAACAAUUUUGUUCAUAUAGACAUUUCAUCAGCAUGACACAAAAUGCACUGCAGCAAUCUGGUUUAUCAAGGUUUGCUGUUUUACAGAUGAAUGUGUACUUUAAAAUGGGACUGUUUCUGUGUUUUUAAAAAUGAAUCAAUUUCAAAAUCUUGAUGUCAACACUUUAAAGUAUUUAGAAUACAGGUUACAUGUUUAAUUUAUUUUUGUUAAUCAUUUGUGUCAAGAGUGAAGAGGAGUGUUGGAGCUGGUCUGAUUCUUGUUCUGACAGUGUAAAGGUGCUCAAUUAACUCUAAAUUUUAGACGAUAAAUAUAUGAAUUCUCCUCGCAUUUAUGUUUUCCACUUGAUUGCCAUUGAAACAAGCUCUGAUAUUACAAAAUGAACUUAUAUUUAGAAAUCUCUAAUAUAUUAAAAAUGUUGCUGAUGUCCUGUA